AUGACGACGCAACUCCUAGCCACGGAGCUGGCGAAUCUCAUUCAGGAGAGCAAGAGGAAACACAAUGACUUGCGACAAGCCGCAGAGAAAUCUCUUGAAGAGUUGAGAAAUUUGAGAAACCCUUCGGAACAGACGGCUCCUGAAGAGCUAUCCCAAAAGGUCAACUUUGUCAACCCAUUCAUCAUCGCAUGCGGAACCAAGAAUGCCAAGUUCACCGCCAUCGCCAUUGUCUGUCUGCAGCGCCUCAUCGUUGCCCAGGCUCUUCCUCGGUCCAAGCUGAACCAGGUGCUAGAGGCCUUGAUGCAGGCCACCUCGGCUGGCUUGGAUGUGCAGCUCAAAAUUUUGCAGGCACUGCCUUCUCUGGUCCAAAACUAUGCUUCGGACCUCAAGGGAAACUUGCUGGUGACGGCUCUUAACAUUUGCUUCACCCUCCAGAGCAGCAAGAAUGCCAUCGUGAACCACACUUCAGCGGCAACGCUUCAACAACUGGUUGUAUCAGUGUUUGACAAAGUUGUUGCCGAGGACAAAAAAGCUGGCGAUGUUCCGACAGGCGACCCAGAACAAUCUGAGACUCGUCCUGCAGCACUUGACGCUUAUCGGAUCUUUAAUGAUCUAUGUCUCAUGACAGAAAAUCAACGCCCGGAAUUCAUCCGAGUCUCAGGACUUCCGCAGACAUUCGGUCUGGAGCUCAUCGAGUCCGUCAUUACGAAUCAUGCUAGUGUUUUCAGCAACCAUCCCGAGCAGGCUCAGAUCUUGCGGGUCAGGGUUAUGCCUCUUAUCAUGAGUGCUCUGAAGGGGAAGCCAAACUUUGCAACCACGGUACGACUCGUUCGUAUCCUCUAUACGAUGCUCCGCAGACACAUCAGCAUCCUACCAUCGGAAUGUGGCGAAUCACUGAUGAUUCUGACACAACUCCUCGACCAAGAUGAUUCUAUCUGGAAGAGGGCCUUGUGCAUGGAAGUCUUUCGAGGAAUCUUUGCCGAGCAUGCCCUCCUUCGACGUAUAUUUGCCAUGUUUGACGCCAAAGAAGGAGAAAAGGAUGUACUCAAGCCUCUGAUAGCUACGUUCGUACGACUGAGCACCGAGAAGCCUGCGGUUAUUGGUCUUGGACACCAAUCGACACUACCAGUCGCCAAUUUGAACCCGAAUUCUUCAUCCGAUCAAGCCAUCAUCGAGGCGAGUGGCAUGCUUAUGGCUGGUCCCGUUGGAUCCGAGACUACAACCACUGGUAUCAGCACGCAAUGGAGCUCUGUUCGAGUUCCAUGCAUUGACCAACUCGACAAGACCGAGGCUCCGGCUAUCCCAGAGUCAUACAUCUACAGUUUGGUUCUGGCUUGUAUCUCAUCUGUCUCUGACGGGCUUGCAAAGUUCAUCCUUCCUCUCACAGUCCCUAGUGACACUCGGGGUCGGAAGAAGACCUCAAAGCAGGAGACCGGCCGUGAUUCUCCUGCGCCAGAGGACAAUUCGGCAAAGGGGAGGUUAGAGAGGUCAGCGUCUUUCAAGAGAAACCCAGUCCCUCUGAACCCCCUAUCCUUGGAGGAGCAUCCCCUGUUUUCCGAGGUCAAGAUCUGUGCCACCAUCGUCGAAGAGUGCUGGCCUGCAAUUCUUGCGACUUGCUCCACCUUCCUGUAUGCUGCGCUCGACUCUGAGUACUACCAUGGCCUAGUACGCGCCUUUCAGCGCUUUGCUCACGUCGCUGGCCUCCUGCAACUGCCUACUCCUCGAGACGCUUUCCUUACAACUCUGGGGAAAGCCGCCGUGCCACCCAACGUUCUUACAGCUUGCGUCAAUGCCGGCCAAGCUCGCCCCCAGACCCCAAGCACGCCUACGGAUACAUCGAGUCUCUUUAGCAAUGCUCGAGGGCUGUUGAGCGUCGACAGCCUAACCCCUGCUACACCCACUUCUGAGAAGCGGCAAGCAUCUUUCGACGCUUCUGUGGCGUCGCUUAACACUCGAAACUUGCUGUGUCUACGGGCACUCCUAAACCUGGGUAUUGCACUAGGCCCAACACUGGGAGGGGCAUGGAGCAUAAUCCUUGAGACGCUUCAGCAAGCUGACUUUGUCCUAUUCGUGAGCGGAAAGACUCCAGGCAGAACUCCGACUAUGAGUCGGGGACCCGAUCAAGGAGGCGACAGCGAGGCUGCUACCCUCAUGGCCAACUUUGGAUCCGAGGUUCGUGCUGUCGAGACGGCUGCGUCAAGACUGAUUGAGAGUACUAUUGACUUUCCUAAUGACUCGUUCCUGGAGGUGGUAGCAGCCAUCUGCAAUCUAUUGAUGCAGAGGCCUGUUGAACCAUCUGAAGCCAAGCAGCCCCAAGCUGAUGGACAGCUCAAGACCCCGACUACACAGCCUCGGCGAUUUUCGGGGCAGUUGAGCUCUGGUUCGACGCAAGAGGACCAAUUUGCACUUGCUAAGCUUGGAGAAAUUGCCACCAUCAACAUUGAAAGACUGCUGGAAUACAGUCCAGAAGAGUCAGGCUGGGAUGUCUUGACUGAGGAGCUCAUCGAGACACUAACCUCUGUCACCACAAAUUCGUCUGUUCGGACCAGAGCAGCAGAUAUACUUGUGAAGCUGGUUCUGGAGGCUGCUAGUGUCACGUCCUCGUUCCCCGAAGAGAUCCGCGGUGACAUCCAACUCCGAUUUUUCGAAGCUCUACGGAAAUCGCUGGCGCCCCUGCUCAAAGGAGACCGAGAAGUUUCUGUUGCUAGCCACUCGACUGAUAUUGACAUCCACAAGAUCAUCCUCGAAGGCCUCAAGAGCAUCAUUGAGGGUUCUGGAGAGAGUCUCGUCAAGGGAUGGGACAUUGCUUUCGAAAUCAUUGGCACUAUCUUUAUAUCAAAAGAGUUUGAUCCUGCCGACCGUCGUGGCUCGCUCGCCAACCCGAUUCUCCUUGAUACCCGAUCAGCAAAGCUCAUUCGAUCUUCUUUCAACUCGCUUCAACUUAUUUGCUCCGACUUUUUGGCAUCGCUGCCAAACUCUUGCUUCUUGAUCUUGGUCGAUACCCUCUACAAAUUCUGCUCCCAGGACGAUGAUCUCAACAUUGCCUUGACUACGGUCACGUUCUUCUGGGUUCUGUCAGAUUUCCUUUCGGCAAAGAAUGAGUCUCUCGACAUCACAGCGGAGAUGAUGCAGGGAACGGAGGUUUCUGAUCUCGAGAGGAUGGCUGCCGAUCACGACCACAAGAACUCUGACGCAGCAUUGUGGAUGCUUCUCCUACUUCGUCUGACAACAGUCACAACCGACGAUAGACUCGAGCUACGCAACAGUGCGAUUCAAACUCUACUUCGGAUAUUCGACGCUUAUGGUGAUCGACUCAGCCCUGAGUCAUGGUCAAUCUGCGUCAAGUCGGUCAUUUUCAAGCUUUUUUCGUCAAUCGAACAAGAAAUAUCUGCCUCGCAAUCGGAUGAAGCGGAUGAGAGUGACCGGACCGAAUGGACAGAGACGGCGGUUGUGGUUCUCAACGGUAUCUCGAGUCUUUUGGCCAAUUACCUCGACAUUCUUACCAUCCAUCCUUCAUUUGAUCACCUCUGGCGAGAACUUCUCACCCAUUUCACGACACUCCUCGACUUUCAAGUCUUGGAUAUCAAUACUGCAACCUUCAAGGCGUUGGCCCACGUCUUAUCCCAGACAAGCAAUGACGGCAAGUCAGUGUUCAACAAGACUACCGUCGACUUUGCGUGGGAUCUGUGGGCAAGAGGAGUUCCGACCUCAAAGCCUGCGAAGGGCAAGACUGAGGAUAACCAAAACUGCCUUAUUGCCUACGUUUCUGCUUUGACGGAGAUUUACCGACUAAUUCAGGAUGACGUGACUGUGGACAGAGUUGCAAGAAUACUGAGUCUGCUGAGAGCAACCUUGGAUGAGGCUUCUGUUGGUAGUUACGUCCAGGAUGUCGAGUAUGUGACACCUUUACAGGCACACAUUGUCGAAGCGGUUCAGACGAUCCGGACAGACAUUGAUGGAGUCCCAUCUGCCAUGAUUACUCAGGUUGCAGACUUUGUUGUCUUGCCCUUCCAGGCCACUUCGUCUAAACCAGGGCCCAAACGCACUUACAUUGCUCUCUCAAAGGCGAGCAUGAAGACGCUGGAGAACCUCAUCCUCAGUCACUCCGCAGACCCCGACAUCUACCGCAGCGGUGCGUUUUACGAGGCUCUGAAGGCUUUGUGCAGACCGAUUGCACUCAAGUAUGGCUUCUCGACCAUCACCAAGUCUACUCAGCCAUGGAGACUGGCCACCUCUACAGCCCUUGUCAUUCUGGAGGCCACCCUAUCCCAGAUAAUAACCCUUGACAUUCAGCGAGGAGUGGUGCAAGAUAUUUGGACCACGAUCGUCGCUGUCGCCGACGGAAUCUUGAGUGCAGAUUGUAAGAGUGCUGCUUCUGGAACCGACUUUGCGGCCGAUGAGACGUUCGACAUUGCUUCUUUCCACAAGCUUAGAGAACUCAUCAUCCCGGCACUUGGUGCUGAAGCUGUUUCUGAAAGGGCUCGCAAGUCUUAUGCUGAGAGUCUCUUCAGAACAUCCAUUAUCCAUGCUCCUUCACCAGCCGAGGAAUCAAUCAUCAACGGUAGUCAUGAGAAGGGUCUGGCAGCGCUGUAUACUUCGCGUGCAGGUCGAACAGUAUCGAUCCCACCGACAAAACGCACAAGCAUGGCGUAUGUUGCCUGUGACGAGCUGUUUGCAUUGAUAUCCGCCAAAGAAGAGCCAGCAAUCGUCAUUCAGCCACCGACGCCAAAGUCCCCAGACGCGAAACACCAGCGGUUUGCCGAGCCACCAGUUAAGCUCCAUGGCCGGAUCGCCAGUACAGCCGCUCCAUUCCUCAUCCUGCGCUGUGCUUUGACGCUCAGGGCGUACAUUGCCGAUCAACCUCUACGAGGAAAGAUGCCUCAGCCGUUAAGCCAGCGAAAGGAGCUGUUGUGGAUUCUCAGGAAGUUGGUGGACAUGAAGAGCGAGAGUGGAGCUAUCCCAGAGUUGAGCGGCGUGGAGAGCGAAGGAAGAAAGCAUCUACUGAGGUUGUAUCCUCUUAUUGUGCGAGCAUCUGGUGUAGUUGGAGAUGAGAAGGUAGGGCGGUUGCUGAGAGAAGCGCUGGAGGUUGUUGGUGAUGAGCUUGGUGUUUAG